AGACGUCACGGGGCAGCGAAAAACAUAGUUUUAGACACUUUUUAAUCUGUGUGAAUCGCGUUGAAAAUUGUGCUUAAAAAUUACCAAUUGUUAAAAACCGCUUAACUAAGACAACAAUGGCGCCGAAAGCAAGAACAGUUGGCAUCAAACCAAAAGCACAGACCUUCAAAGACAAGUCGAAGCCAACCGAUGUGCGGCUGUCCAAUAUACAGGCGGCAAAGGCUGUUUCCGAUGCGAUUCGCACCAGUUUGGGCCCGCGCGGCAUGGACAAGAUGAUCCAGGCGGGCAAUGGGGAGGUGUCCAUCACAAACGAUGGCGCCACCAUUUUGAAGCAGAUGAACGUCUUGCAUCCGGCUGCCAAGAUGUUGGUCGAGCUGUCCCGUGCCCAGGAUGUGGAGGCCGGCGAUGGCACCACAUCUGUGGUGGUUAUUGCGGGCGCUUUGCUUGAGGCCUGCGAGAAGCUGCUGCAGAAGGGACUGCAUCCGACUGCCAUUUCGGACUCGUUCCAGCGCUGCUCGAACAAGGCGGUCGAGAUACUCACCCAAAUGUCCACGCCCAUUGAGCUCAAUGAUCGCGAUACUCUGAUCAAGAGCGCCUCGACAUCACUCAACUCCAAGGUGGUCUCGCAGCAGAGCAGCCUGCUGGCUCCGAUUGCUGUCGAUGCGGUGCUAAAGGUCACCGAGCCCGGCAAGGAGACGUCUGUGGAUCUGAAGAACAUCAAGGUCAUUCAGAGCCUGGGCGGCACCGUUGAGGAUACGGAACUGGUGCAGGGUCUGGUCUUUACCAGCCGCUCGGCGGGCACCAAUGCGCCCAAGCGCAUCGAGAAGGCCAAAAUUGGCCUGAUUCAGUUCUGCAUUUCGGCACCGAAAACCGAUAUGGAUCACAAUGUGAUUGUCAGCGAUUAUGCGGCCAUGGAUCGUGUGCUCAAGGAGGAACGUUCCUAUAUUCUCAAUAUUGUCAAACAGAUCAAGAAGGCCGGCUGCAAUGUCCUGCUCGUCCAGAAGUCCAUAUUGCGCGAUGCCGUUUCGGAUCUGGCUCAGCAUUUCCUGGACAAGAUCAAGUGUCUGGUUGUCAAGGAUGUGGAGCGUGAGGAUAUUGAGUUCGUAUGCAAGUCUCUGCACUGCCGUCCCAUCGCCUCGCUGGAUCAUUUCACAGCCGAGAACCUGUCCAGCGCCGAUCUCGUCGAGGAGGUGGCCAGCGGCACCAACAAGUUUGUCAAAAUCACGGGCAUACAGAAUCAGGGACGCACCGUUUCCAUCAUUUGCCGUGGCUCCAACAAGCUGGUGCUCGAGGAGGCAGCCCGUUCGUUGCACGAUGCGCUCUGCGUGGUGCGUUGUCUCGUGAAGAAGCGCGCCCAGAUUGUGGGCGGCGGUGCGCCAGAAAUCGAGAUGGCACUGCAGCUGGCCGCCUUGGCUCAAACCGUGGAGGGUGUGGAUGCCUAUUGUUAUCGCGCCUUUGCCGAUGCCCUGGAGGUAAUUCCAUCGACACUGGCCGAGAAUGCGGGCCUCAAUCCGAUUGCCACCGUCACGGAGCUGCGCAAUCGUCAUGCCCAGGGCGAGAAGACGGCGGGCAUUAAUGUGCGCAAGGGCGCCAUUACCGAUAUAUUGGCGGAGAACGUUGUCCAGCCGCUGCUGGUCAGCACAUCGGCCAUCACACUGGCCACCGAGACCAUACGCUCCAUACUGAAGAUCGAUGAUAUUAUCAAUACCAUGAGCUAAACAUGUUCGCCUACUGUGCUGCAAGAUCUU